CCAGGCACCAGGCACCAGCAUAGCGUAAAGGGUAAAGAAAGCACAUCAAAUUCCAAGUUUCACAAAAUUAUUAGAUAUGGAUGUGUUGCUGUAUCUAUAUUACUUUGUGUUGUUCUUCUUAGGCUUCCUUUUAUUCUCCAAAUUUCAAUUCGGUAAGAAACGUAAACUCCCUCCGAGCCCUCUCACCUUACCCAUAAUCGGGCAUCUCUACCUAUUAUUCAAGAAGCCACUCUACCGAACUCUAGCUCAUAUUUCAAACAAAUAUGGCCCGAUUUCGUUCCUCAGAUUCGGCUCCCGCCCUGUCCUCCUCGUCUCUUCCCCUUCCGCUGCCGAGGAAUGCUUCACCACCAACGACAUCCUCUUUGCCAACCGUCCUCGCCUCUUUGCUGGGAAAUACAUUGGUUACAACUAUUCAAGCAUCGCCUGGUCCUCGUAUGGCAACCACUGGCGCAAUCUCAGGCGCAUCAGUACCAUCGAGAUCUUGUCCACCACUCGUCUUCAGAUGUUUUCCCGAUCCCGCACCAACGAGAUUCGAUCAAUGAUCCGACGGCUUGCUUCGUCUGGUUCCAAGGUGGUGGAUAUGAAGUCGACGUUUUUUGAGUUGACGCUCAAUGUGAUGAUGAUGAUGAUCGCCGGAAAGCGAUAUUACGGAGAGAACGUGGGGGAGUUAGAUAAAGCAAAACAUUUCCAAGAUUUAGUGACGGAGACGUUGUAUCUAGCUGGUGCAUCGCAUAUCGGAGAUUACUUGCCGGCUUUAAGCUGGAUUGGACUCAACGGAUUGAAAAAGAGGAUGAUGAGGCUGCAACAAAAGAGGGACGAAUUUAUUCAGGAAUUAAUCGAAGAGCAUAGGAGGAUGAAGACGGAUGACUCUUCCUCUUCUAACUCUGCUUCUGACUCUGGCGAAAGACAGACGAUGAUCGACGUUCUGUUGUCCCUCCAAAAAGCAGAGCCCGAAUACUACACUGACAAGAUCAUCAAAGGCCUGGUUCUGGGAUUGCUGUCAGCUGGAACCGACACAUCUGCAGGAACUAUGGAAUGGGCAAUGUCACUCUUGCUCAACAAUCCAGACGUCCUCAAGAAGGCCCAGGACGAGGUAGACAAUCAUGUUGGACAAGGCCGAUUGCUCGAUGAAUCCGAUCUAUCCAAGCUCCCCUAUCUUCGCUGUAUCAUCAACGAAACACUUCGGAUGUAUCCAGCGGGCCCCCUUCUUGUACCCCAUGAGUCAUCAGAGGACUGUGUUAUAGGAGGUUUCGAUAUCCCACGUGGCACCAUGCUGCUAGUGAACUUGUGGGCCAUACACAACGACCCUAAAAUAUGGGAGGAACCCGGAAAAUUCGAACCAGAGAGAUUCGAAGGGCUUGAAGGGCGAAGAGAUGGGUUCAAGCUAAUGCCGUUUGGAUCGGGAAGGAGAGGUUGUCCCGGGGAGGGGUUGGCUGAGCGCGUGGUUGGGCUAGCUUUGGGCUCACUUAUUCAGUGCUUCGAGUGGGAGAGGGUUGGUGACGACCUUGUGGACAUGACCGAAGGAGCUGGGGGACUCACCCUGCCCAAAGCCCAGGCCUUGAAAGCAAAGUGUAAGCCACGCCCAAAGAUGAUGAACCUUCUAUCUCAACCUUGAAACCCUUCUCAUCGCUUUCCCCUUAUAAUUGAAUUUUAUGGGCGUUCAGAUGUAAUUUCUUGUUAUGUUACUUCUAGAUUUUUCGUUAUUAUUUGUGAAUUACUUGAUAAACCCGAGAUGAACCGAAUACUUCAGAGGGAGCCAGACGAUUUAUGGUUGAUAGAAGCUGGAUUUCACUAUAUAAUGCCGAUAUUUGUUACA